CCCCCCCCACGUCAGAUUCACCUCUGCCAGUGGAUCCCAAAGCUGAUCCAUAAGUAGACUCUCGCUUCCACCUCUGUCCUCCCUCUGGUACUUACUCCUCUGGGGACCGCCGUCUUUCUCUCUUUGUUUGCAUCUGCACUUGCCUCUGCCUUGUCUCUCUUUACAUAAUAAUAACCAUGUCUUCGCCCGAACCCAUCCCACCGCCCAACGACCGACGCGGCUCUCGCGCUUCCAGCAAUGCCGAUAUCUCAGUCCAAGACGGGAACGGCGUCAUGGUCGGUGGUCCUCCUGGCAGUCCCUCGCCGCUUCAAAUCAGAGCUUCCAACUCAUUAAACUCGAAGAACCGAAGACGUCCCAUUGCUAAGCAGCCCCCCGAUGUCCACCUCCUCGAGUACUGCCACACUCCCGACAGCAACCUCGUCUGUCUCAUCUGCCACUCUCCCUUUGACAAGCCCGUCAAGCUGCUCUGCGACCACUACUUCUGCCGCCAAUGUCUCGAGCAUGCAUGGGCUGCCCAGCAGGACGGUGAGAAGACGUGUCCUACCUGCCGUAGCAAGGUCGAUGUCGACAAGGACCUCCGUCCCGUUCCAAGGAUCAUCGAGACCAUGUUGGACGAGCUGGUGGUCAAGUGCCCCAACUCCAAGUCUGGCUGCGACUGGUCGGAUCAGCGCGCCAACGUUCACGAUCAUGUCAUGCUGUAUUGCGUCUACACACUAGUACAGUGUCCAUCAUACGACUGUCGCCUACACAUCUCCCAGAAGGACUUUCACAAGGGAUGCCUGCAUUAUACUGUGAGCUGUGAAAACUGCCACACUUCAAUGAUGAUGAAGGAUCUUGAGGGACAUCAAAGGACCGACUGUCCCGGGCGUUCAACCAACUGCCCCCACUGCUCUGCUGAAGUACUUCGCCUCGACUUUCAAGCACACGUCAAGGAAGCGUGUCCCAAAGUCGUUAUCCCGUGCAGCGGCGCCGUACUGAGCUGUACGUUCACCGCAGAGCGAGCUGAAGUUGCUUCACACCAGGAAACUUGCGUUGUGGCUAAGCUAGCACCUCACUUCCAAGAACAACAAGCUCGCAUCGAACGCAGUGAGGCACGUCUGGAACCUUUAUCCAGAAGGGUCGGCAUACUCGAGGAUGGUUUGUCGAAUAUCACAAGCAUGCUGUAUCCGGCUAAUAGUGAACCUUCCCUCCCCCUCUCCGAGCCCUUGGAUCCCACCAGCCUCGAGGCGUUCCCCCCUGCACAUCUCACCGCUGCUUCUGACUUUCGUUUGUCACCCAACCCAUUUCCAUCUGUUCCACAAAACGAUGUACCUCAAACCACUCAGCCUCCUUUUGACUCCCAGAUUCACCAUCUUCUCACCAUGCACGAUUCCCUGCGCGAGGAGGUGUCCCGUAUCACCAACGCCCUCGGGGAGCUUGAUGGGCGUACCAACAUGAUGAUUAUCAACGAGAGCCAAAGGCAGAAGGACGAAAUGUUACACACUAAUGCAGCCAUCAACAGUAUGCGGAUGCAGUUACACUGGUUGAUGAGCGCAACCCUUUCCAACCGUAACGCUGCCGGUAGUUCCACGGCAAGAGCAAGCGCGAGUACAGCCGCCGCCAGCGGCAGUGCCAACAGCGCGACCCGAGGGGCUAGUGCUAGCGCCGGUUUGGGCAAUAGGGCAACUGCAAGUGCAACGUUGCAUGCUCCGUUGCGCCGCUUGAGCGAUUCUACGAGGCAAGACACCAAGCUGUGA